AUGGCAACAUUUUCAAGACUCGAAAAGAUAAGCGAGGAACUAUCAGAAAAAGAGGUUGAGAGGUUCUGUGAUGGAGUUCAUGAACUGAGCCUUUGUGACAUCCAGAUUGCGACUGAAGGAUAUUCUAUGAGCGAAAACCAAAAGACAGAGGAAAAAGACCAGCCUCUAAGCAGUGAUGGAAAUCCCAACGAUGUGAAACAAAACUGGAGCAAUCCACAACAAGAGCACCAUUCUAGUACCGACGAUAGCCUAAUUCACUCUCACCCUUCACAGCGCCGAAGGAAGAUCAGUGUCGUUGAAGCAAGUGAUGCAGUCUUUGCUGAACGAAGAAACAUCAGAGUUUUCCAUAAGAAAUUUGGAGAAAGUAUGCUGUCUGAAAAUUCGAGGAUUUUCAACAAAAAAUUAUAGAAUUUUUUAACUGUAUAUAUGAUUUCGCUCUGAUAUUUGUUACAGUAACACUCACUGUUUGCCGUAAAGAAUAAACAACCUUAUAUGAAUUUAGAGGAAAUCAUUGUUUUAAGAUCCAACAGUGUUGGACCAAGAAGUGUUUUAUAGCCAUUUCAUUAUUUGUCCCUUGUGCCUGAAUUAACAGUGUAUCCAAAGCUGUUGAGAUUUUUAAAAUAUCAUAAAAAUUCUGUAGCGAGCGGCGAAGACACGUGAGUCACGUGCACGAACUGAGGAUUGCGGAUUUUCAUUGAUUUUCAAUGAUUGCUGGUAACUGUCAACUGAGAAAACUAAGGCCUUUUUAACUAUCCUACGAAAAAACUAUUUUCUGCUAGUCGAUCAUAGCAAAGGUCAUGUCAGGAAUCUUUUCCAAGUCAAGCCUGAAUUUUUUUCAGGUUGUUUUUCCGCAUAGGUUGUUUUUGCUUCUGCGAAGAUCAGGUUUGAAAAUUGCCGACAAUUUUUCUGUAGAAUGUCCGAAAUCAAUUAAUACGCGACUCGCCCAUUCGAGUUUUUAGUCAAGAAUGUGUUUUAAACAGUCAGCCGAGAACAGUACGGCAUUUCUACUAUCCUCCUGAAAAAAGUAUUUUCCCAGUUGGUCUGGGAGAAUUCUUCAAUGAUAGUGAAAUGGCAGGUGUACAAAACACGCGUGCGUGACGCGCGAGAUCAGUUGCGCGCGUGUCUAACCGACUGGUAUUCUAGCUAAAGCAGGAUUCCGAAUAAUAUACUGCACGCUGGAUUUAUCAUAAUUGAUACAAUGGCUGUAUUCUUUAUUGCAUCCCUGAAAUGACUAAAAUAUAUCUUCUCUCACAUGAGAAAAAAAACCCUAGUUGUACGUCACAUCAGGUUGUAGACAAGACAAACAGAAUACUGAAGGUGCUUUUAACUGGGGGUGGCUAAUGUGCGAGCCUGUGAGCGGGAGCCUCUUCUGACAAGCCGGAGCCAUUUUUUGCUAUCCCUAAGAGUUUCCCACCGAAAACAUCCAAAUAUGGACAUAAUGCCUUUUUAUGGUCUUGAUUAAUCCGGUCUAUAUAAUGUGUUCUGCAAAGUGCAAACAUUAUAGAAUCAGGGAAAGAGGGUGGUGAGUUUUCUCUUAUUUUUAACAGUUUAUAGUUGUGUGCUUUUAAAAAGUAAAUUACGCAAUGCAAGCACUGACGAACGAACAUUUUGCACAUUUUGCUGUUGAAUUAUCAGAUUUGAGAGAUUUUAAUCAUGGCUUCAGCGCUCUAGUUGUUCUGUGCCGUGGUGACUGCUUAGCUAAGCUUUGACCAUAUACAGAUACCCGCGUCGGGGAUCGAAAAUUGUAGAAUUGAAUUCUUGUCUUGUCACAUUUUACUUCCUCAAAUCCAACUUUCUGGAGGUUUUGAGCUAACACCUCAAAACUUCACCCUUGCAGUCCUUCCUUUUAGACGAAUUAAAAAGUUUUGUUUUGCUCAAAAAUUGUCCAGAAAGGCAAAACUUGCUCGAGGCUGCAAAAAGUUGCUCCACACGCCAAAAGUUGCUCAAGUUGCCGAGCACAAUCGGGACAGGCCUUAUUGCACAUGAUUGUGGUCAUUUGACAGCUUUCAAAAGAGUUUAUCCGCUGAAGGUACCCAGAUGUUGACCCAUCCAGGUUACUGUUCUUCUAAAGUUUCUGCUGAAACGUUUCUAGUUUUUAACUAAUCGCAGUCUCAACUCUAAGUUGAUUUUUUUUGCAAUUGUUACAAGUUUAUUUUUUGAAGUAAAUUACGAAUUUAUCUACCGGGGAGCUUCACCUUUAGCUUAGCUAAAUCUAUACAUUAUCACCCAUACCGCGUGGCAUCUUAGAAUUUACCAAUUAACCUUUGGGCGCCCUUGAAUUGUUUGAUGUCUACAUAGUCUGAAACUGACGUUUACAAUUCACCCAAUCCAGUGUACUGGAGUGCUAGGAACAGCGACAUGCUGUCAAAUCUUGAAAAAAGGAAAGGUUUAAUAAGUAACGGCACACAGUUGGCAAUGAAGUUUCCGCAUUAGCGAGGUUAACUUUGUACAAGAAUCUGUUGAUUGGGCAAGAAACAAUUGUCCGCUGUCCGUAAAAUCGAGGUGUUCGCAUUAAGCGAGUGUUCGUUAAGCUGGCUUUGACUGUAUCAUCUAACACAGAGGUCUAUUGCUAUUUGUUCCUAAGGCGGCGUUUUGUAAUUUUACUUCUUAGAAUUGGUAUUUUUCAGCCGUCAGUUUUCUAGGUUAGAAGUUAUUCUUGUUGUCGAUCAUUGAAAUCUUGCAGGAGGGGAUUAUUUUCUAUUGCACGUGAUAGGGAUUUUUAGUUAGCUUGUCGCACUUACUGAGUCAGUUAGGAGAAAGGUAGCAUUACACGCUGUCUUGUAUACCUCAACAAUAAUUAAGUAACCGGCUUCGAUUUUUUAGCCAAAGACUUUGCAAAAACGUUAUUAUUAUAAUCAUUGUUUAGAAUCCUGUCUUUUAUUCCUAUAGCUAUUGUGGACUGGUAUCUUCAUCCAGUUCCUAAUCAGGUCCCUAUUAAACUUGGGUCUUACAGUACCCAACUCGAUAAAUUGGACCUUUUUUGCACGGUUUAGUGUUAUUUAGUAUUGUUGUUUUUGCCAGCUAUCUAUAUCUGUAUACGAAAAUGGCUUUUAUUGACUAAGCUUAAAAACAUGACGUGCGUCAUAUAUUGUUGUUGUUGUUGUUAUUGUUGUUGACGAAUUCUAGUUCGCAGCAACUCGAUCGUUUAGUAUUAUUAAUUGUUAAAUGUACAUAUAGCAAUUUUCUGGUUAGCGACAGAUAUAUAUCUCAGCAAUAAACGUUUUUCUUGCCUUUACAUUUAUCUUGAACUCCGGUAAAAAAAAAACUAACCCGUGCACAAUAUUCCCGGUCUGAGAACUAAUGAAAAGACCUGGUCAUUUAUUGCUGUCAUCUGAUUGGCGAGUCGGGGCCCGCCCUGGUCGGAAUAAAAAUAAAAUUUCAACUCAAAUUAAAAGACAAAUACCUUUGCCGCGAAACUGCCAGGAAAAACUAACGUAGACUAGGAUUCUGGACAUAGCUGUUUGUAAGAGAUAACGCUAUUACUUUGUUUUAAUUGUUUUAAAAUCAGAGUAAAAUGGCAACUUUUUCAAUACUCGAAAAGAUAAGCGAGGAACUACCAGAAAGAGCUGUGGAGAGCGUUUGCGAAGGAGCUGAAGCAUUGAGCCUCUGUGACAUCCAGAUUGUGACUGAAGGAUAUUCUAAGAUCGAAAACCAAAAUGAGAAAGAGGAAAAAGACCAGCCUCUAAGCAGUGAUGGAAAUCCCGACGAUGCGCAACAAAACUGGAGCACCCCACAACAAGAGCACCGUUCUAGUACCGACGGCAACCUAAUCCACUCUGACGCUUUACAACGCCGAAGGAAGAUCAGUGUUGUUGAAUCAAGUGAUGCCGUCUUUGCUGAAAGGAGAAACAUUAGAGUUUUCCAUAAGAAAUUUGGCGAAAGUAUGCUGUCUGAAAAUUCGAGGAUUUUCAACAAAAAAUUAUAGAAUGUGUUUUUUGUAUAUGAUUUCGCUCUGAUCACUGUUGGCCAUAAAGAAUAAAUAAACCGAUAUGAGUUUAGAGGAAAUCAUUGUUUUAAGAUUGUUGGACCAAAAAGUGUUUUAUAGCCAUUUCAUUAUUUAUCCCUUGCCUGAAUUAACAGUGUAUCCAAAGCCGUUGAGAUUUUUAAAAUAUCAUAAAAAUUCUGUAGCGAGCGGCGAAGACACGUGAGUCACGUGCAUGAACUGAGGAUAGAGGAUUUUCAUUGAUUUUCAAUGAUGGCUGGUAACUGUCAACUGAGAAAACUAAGGCCUUUUUUACUAUCCUCCUGAAAAAACUAUUUCCCCAGUCGGUCUGCUAGAAGUCUUCAAAGAUAGUGGAAUGGCAGGCGUAUAAAACACGCGUGCGAGACGCGCGAGACCAGUGGGCGCUUGGCUACUUUUGCUGUUCUCUCGCGAGAAAAGAAAAAUAAAGGGCCGGCUUGCACUCUAGCUAGAGUACGAUUCAAAAUAAUAUACUACACGGUUGGUGUGUCAUGAUUUAUACAGUGGCUGUAUUGUUCAUUACAUCAAUGAAAUGACUAGAAGAUAUCUUCUCUUCCAUGAGAAAAAAAGCCUAGUUGCAACAUCAAGUUGUAAACAUUUUUUAUCAAGACAAAUAGAAUACGGAUACUUUGAUCUGGCCUACUCCUUUCCUGGGCAGCAGCAUUGAACCAGGAACCCCGAGGGAUCGACUGACGUUCAAUUCUUUUUAAUCUCGGGUUUUGACUGCAGCCAAGAGAAUAUCUCUUCUCUGCUGAAAACCAUACAUUGUGAUUUUUCUUCUGGUCACUGUCGCUCAGGCAGUAGUACUUAUUUGAUGCCUCUAUUUAGCGAUUUGUUGAUAAUUUUUAUGUUUUGAGUCUUAAUAGGUCCCGCUAGUAACUGUGGUCACAAUGUGGUUCAUCUCCUCCUAAAUGUGUUUGUAAGGGAUAAGGCUAUUACUUGUUCAGUUUUUAUUGUUUUAAAAUCAGAGGUAAAAUGGUAACUUCUUCAAGAUUCGAAAAGAUAAGCGGAGAACUACCAGAAUAAGCGGUUGAGAGCAUUUGUGAUGGAGUUCAAGCAUUGAGCCGCUGUGACAUGCAGAUUGAUAUACUCAGACGGAUAUCAGUUCUACGUGGGAAAACCAAAAGACAGAGGAAAAAGAACAGAGUCCGAUCGGUGAUGGUUAUCCAAUAAUGCGAAGCAAAACUGGAGCAAUCCACAACAUGAGCACCAUACUAGUAGGGACGCCAGCCUAACUCACUCUUAUCUUUCACAGCCUCGAAAGAAGAUCAGUGUUGUUGAGUCAAGUGAUGCGGUCUAUGCUGAGCGGAGAAGAAUCAUAGUUUUUCAUAAGAAAUUUGGCGAAAGUAUACUCUCUGAAAAUCAAGGGUUUUCAUUAAAAAUCUAUAAAAGAUUUUUUGUAUAUAUUUUCGCUAAAGCUUGUUAGUAACAUUGUUGGCCAUAAAAAAUAAAUAACCUAAAAUGAAUUUACGAAAAAUUACUCCGCUAGCUUUGAAGAUUAAAUUGAAAUAUAUGAAAUGAGCCAUAUUUGAACUGGGGAUAAAGAUAUGAAAGACAGUGAAAAUGAUCUUCCCAGAGAAAUAAACAACCUAAGCGGUUGAAAAAUAACUUGAAAACAAUUUUAUUCAGGCCAAAAUUUCCGCCACGGCAUGCAGGGUUCCGCGGUAUAUUACGAACUCACGAUGACUUGCUUGCCAGUUGACUUGAUUAGCUCAAUGGAUAAAGCGAUGUAUCCGGUCAUAGCAAAGGUCAUCGGUCAGGGAUCGUUUGCAGGUGUAGCCUGAACUUUUUUCAGGUUGUUUUUCUACUUUGGUUGUUUAUUCUUCUGCGAAGAUCAUGUUUGAAGAUUGCCGACAAUUUUUCAGUAUAGAAUGCCCGAAAUCAAAUUAAUACGCGACUGGCCCGUUCGAGUUUUUUGGACAAAUAUGUGUUUUAAACAGUCUGUCGAGAAAGGUACGGCAUUUCUACUAUUCUCCUGAAAAAACUAUUUUCCCAGUUGGUCUGGGAGAAUUCUUCAAUGAUAGUGGAAUAGCAGGUGUACAAAACACGCGUGCGUGACGCGCGAGACCAGUUGCGCGCGUGGCUACUGUUUCUUUUUUUCGCGCAAAACGAAAAAAAAAGGACCGGCUUGUAUUCUAGCUAGAGCAGGAUUCAAAAUAAUUUACUGUACGCUUGGCGGAUCAUACAAAGGCUGUAUUCUUCAUUGCAUGCAUCCCUGAAAUGACUAGAAGAUAUCUUCUCUCACAUGAGAGAAAAAAACCUAGUUGUACGUAGCAUCAAGUUGUAGACAAGACAAACAGAAUACUAAGAGCACCAAGGGUGCUUUUAACUGGGGGUGGCCCAUGUGCGAGCCUGCGAGCCGGAGCCUCUUCGGUCGAGCCGGAGCCAUUUUUUGCGAGCCCCUAGAGCUUCCCGCCAGAAACAUCCAAAUAUGGACAUAGUGCCUUUUUUUUGGUCUUGAUUAAUACGGUCUAUACGUGUUCUGCAAAGUGAAAAGUGAAAGAGGGUGGUGAGUUUUCUCUUAUUUUUAACAGUUUAUAGUUGUGUGCUUUUAAAAAGUAAAUUACGCAAUGCAAGCACUGAAGAACUAAAAUUUUGCACAUUUUGCUAUUGAAUUAUCAGAUUUGAGAGACUUUAAUCAUGGCUUCACGCUCUAGUUGUUCUGUGCCGUGGCGACUGUCUAACUAAGCUUUGACCUUGUACAAAUACCUGCGUCGCGGAUCAAAAAUUCUAGACUUGAAUGCUUCUCUUGUCACAUUUUACCUCCUCAAAUCCAACUUUCUAGAGGUUUUGAGCUAACACUUCAAAACUUCGCCCUAGCAGUCCUUGCUUUUAGACGGAUUAAAAAGAUUUGUGUUGCUCAAAAAUUGCUCAGGAAGGCAAAACUUGCUCGAGGUUGCUAAAACUGCACAGAGUUGCUCAAAUUUGCCGAGCACAAUUGGGCAAGCCUAACUGCACAUCCAUGACAGCUUUUAAAAGAGUAUAUCAGCUGUAGGGACCCAGAUGUCGACCCAUCGAGGUUACUGGUCUUUUCUGAUUGAGUUUCUGCUGAAACGUUUCUAGUUUUCAACUGAUUGCAGGCUCAAGUCCAAGUUGAUUGUUUUGCAAUGGUUAGAAGUUUAUUGUUUGUCUAUGAAGUAAAUUACAUAUUCAUCUACGGGAGCUUCACCUUUAGCCUUGGCUAAGUCUAUACAUUAUCACCCAUACCGUGACAUUUUAGCAUUUACCAAUUAACCUUAAGGCGCGCUUGAAUUGUUUGAUGCCUACAUAGUCUGAAACUGACGUUUACAAUUCCAACUCAGUCCGGUGUACUGUAGUGCUAGAAACAGCGACAUGCUGUCAAAUCUUGAAAAAAGGUAAGGUUUAAUAAGUAACGGUACACAGUUGGUAAUGAAGUGUCCGCAUUAGCGAGGUUAACUUUGUACAAGAAUCUGUUGAUUGGGCAAGAAACUGAAUUGUCCGCUAUCCGCACUAACGGGCUGUCCGCAUUAAGCGGGUUGAACUUAGAAAAAAUUUAAGGGCUUUCUCCAGGGACAUAGCAUUAGCGAGGCUAACUUUGCAUAAGAAUCUGCUGAUUGGGCAAGAAACAAUUGUCCGCUGUCCGUAAAAAGGAGGUGUCCGCACUAAAGCGAGUGUUCGUUGAGCGGGCUUUGACUGUAUCAUCUAACACAGAGCUCUAUUCCUACUUAUUCCUAAGGAGGCGUUUUGUAAUUUUACUUCUUAGAAUUGGUUUUUUUUAGCCGUCAGUUUUCUUGGUUAAAAGUUAUUCUUCUUGUCAAUCAUUGAAAUCUUGCAGGAGAAGAUUAUUUUCUAUCACAUGUGGUCGGGAUUUUUAGGUAGCUUGUCGCAAUUACUGACUCAGUACGGAGAAAGGUAGCAUUACACGCUGUCUUGUAUACCUCAACAAUAAUUAAGUAACCGGCUUCGAUCUUUUAGCCAAAGACUUUGCAAAAACGGUAUUAUUAUAAUCAUUGUUUAGAAUCCUGUCUUUUAUUCCUAUGGCUAUUGUAGACUGGUAUCCCUUUUCAGUUCAUAAUGGAGCUCCCAAUCAGGUCCCUAACUUGGGUCUUACGGUACACAACUCGAAAAAUUGGACCUUUCUUGCACGGUUUAGUGUUUAUCUAUAGAGGCUUUGUCAGUAUUGUUGUUUUUGCCAGCUAUCUAUAUCUGUAUACGAAAAUGGCUUUUAUUGACUAAGCUUAAAAACAGGACGUGCGUCAUAUAUUGUUGUUGUUGUUACUGUUGUUGACAUAUUCUAGUUCGCAGCAACUCGAUCGCACUGUAAUUUUCAGGGAGUUAUAAUAACUCCUCUAGUGGGGCUAAUUUAACUCCUUACAGUGGAGUUAUUUUUCGUGGAGUUAUUUUAACUCCAAAAAGGAGUUUAAAGAACUCUUUUUCAGGAGUAAAAGUGACCCCAGAUAUUGAGGAGUUAAAAUAACCCCAAAAAAGGAGUUAUCCUGUACCUAAAAUUUUUACUCCACUUUCAGAGUUAAAUUAAUUCCAAAAAGAGUAAAAACAACCCCUGUAAGGAGUACAAGUAACCCCAUUUCGGAGUAAUUUUAACCGCCAAGACUGGGAGUAAAAAGAACUCUUUUUCAGGAGUAAAAAUGACCCCAAAUUCGGAGUUAAAUUGGGAGUUAAAAUAACCCCAAAAAAGGGGUUAUCCUGUACCUAAAAUUUUUACUCCAUUUUUGGAGUUAUAAUAACUCCCUAAAAAUUACGGUGCGUUUAGUACCAUUAAUUGUUAAAUGUAUAUAAUAAUUUUCUGGUUAGCGACGGAUAUAUACCUCAGCAAUAAAAGUUUUUCUUGCCUUUACAUUUAUCUUGAACUCCGGUAAAAAAAAAAAAGAAACCCGUGCACAAUAUCCGCGGUCUGAGAACUAAUGAGAAGACCUGGUCUUUUAUUGCUGUCAAAUGAUUGGCCAGUCGGGGCCCGCCCUGGUCGGAAUAAAAAUAAAAUUUCAACUCAGAUUAAAAGACAAAUACCUUCGCCGCGAAAUUGCCAAGAACAACUAACGUAGACUAGGAUUCUGGACAUAGCUGUUUGCAAGAGAAAAGGCUAUUACUUUGUCUUAAUUGUUUUAAAAUCAGAGUAAAAUGGCAACUUUUUCAAUACUCGAAAAGAUAAGUGAGGAACUACCAGAAAGAGCUGUGGAGAGCGUUUGCGAAGGAGCUGAAGCAUUGAGCCUCUGUGACAUUCAGUUUGAUACUGAAGGAUAUUCUAAGAUCGAAAACCAAAAUGAGAAAGAUGAAAAAGACCAGCCUCUAAGCAGUGAUGGAAAUCCCAACGAUACAAAACAAAACUGGAGCACUCCACAAAAUGAGCACCAUUCUAGUACCGACGGCAGCCUCACUCACUCACACCCUUCACAGCGCUUAAGGAAGAUCAGUGUUGUUGAAUCAAGUGAUGCAGUCUUUGCUGAACGGAGAAACAUUAGAGUUUUCCAUAAGAAAUUUGGUGAAAGUAUGCUGUCUGAAAAUUCGAAGAUUUUCAACAAAAAAUUAUAG